ACUGCUCAUCCGUUCAGGCCGGUCAGUCAGUGACGGUCGCGCGAGUCGGCAGCACGUUAGCGCGCGGUACCCACUAAAUAAAAUCACAAAAAUGUUGUUCUUCGUAACAGUAACAGUGCUUCUGGCAAGUGUGAACGCUAAUUUCUACACGGAUUGUGGUUCAAAGGCGAAGGUUCAAAGUGUGGAUGUGACCGGGUGUGCGGCGGACGCCAAGGAGUGCGUGCUCAAGAGAAACACUAAUGCUACAUUCAGUAUCGACUUCACGCCAAACAAAGUAGCGCCAGCAGUGCACAUAAUUGUCCACGGAGUGGUGAUGAACCUGCCCAUCCCAUUCCCGAUACCGCAGCCUGACGCCUGCAAGGAGGCCGGCCUCACUUGUCCUUUACAGCCGGGACAGCCAGUGAAGUUUACGACGUCAAUGCCGGUCCUCAAAUCCUACCCGAAGGUCAAGGUCGAUGUCAAAUGGGAGCUCAGAGACGACAAUGAAGAAGACUUGGUGUGCGUCUUGAUUAGCGCAAGGAUACAAUAAAACUAUAGAUCUAUGAUCACUUUUUUUAUCGUCCACUCAGACUCUCAAGAUGACCAGUAAAACUUUAGUAAAAUUUAGAAUUUUCGAACUGGCUGAAUUUGUUUUCUGAACAAUGAGACAGCGGUUGCGUAUUUAUGAUGACAAAAACUUUCUUUUUUUUCCACUAUUGCCAGUUAAUGUGAAGUCAUAAAAUGUAAUUAAUUUUAUAUUUUUGUACUGUAAGGGUUUAGUAGAUAGUUGUAACUCAAGCUCCCUAUUGUUGAGGCUGUGCCUAAGUGCUUCUGGUUACACAGAAUAAAAAAAAAAACAAUUUGUCGAUACGAUCUGCCGUUGUCCUAAAGAAGUUUUCUUAAUUUAUGAAGUUUCCAUUAAAUAUAGGUUAAGGAUCAUGGUUUUGUACAUUAUAAAUAAACAAUUUAUAUUUCACAA